AUGGUUGUUUCCCAACACUUGUCUGUUGAUGGUCCUCUGUUUUUGAAUCCCACACUUUACAAAUCUCUCGUUGGUGUUGCUCAAAAUCUAACUAUCACAUGUCCUUAUAUUGCUUAUGAUGUCAACUCUAUUAGUCAAUUUCUCUAUUCUCCGACGAAAGACCAUUUCCUUGCUAUCAAACGUAUUCUUCGCUAUAUUAAUGGCACACUGCAUUUUGGCAUCACUUUUCAUCCAUCUGCUGCUCCUAGUGCUUUAGUUGCUUACUCUGAUGUAGACUGGGCAAGAUGCCUUGAUACUUGUCAUUCUACCUUUGGUUAUUGUAUUUAUCUUGACGACAAUUUGGUGUCUUGGAGUGCAAAGAAACAACCUACUGUUUCUUGCUCCAGUUGUGAAUUUGAGUAUCGUGCCUUGGCUCUCACUAUUGCCGAACUUCUUUAG